CACCGACAUACACGCGUCGCCUCGUCGCCUGGCACGGCGUUCCGCUCGUGCGGCGGAGACGCACACAACGACCGACAGAGACACAAAAAGAGGAGAAGAAAAAAUCAACUAACGGGGAUAUAGAUUUUUUUCGCGUUCUUCGCGUGAGUUCCUGACUCGCGGCUUGCAAACCCGGGGCGGCGUAUUUCGCGUUUGCUUCUGUUCGGCAUUCACAUCCGUUGUAUCUCCAGCUGCGUUGCGUUGUACUCACCGUGAACGAUCGACCUGACAGAUAUCUCCGAGCCGGUUCAGUCUCGUGUGGUCCACCUACGAUGUUCGCAGAUCGGCCGAACAGCAGUUCUACGAUCGACAGCGAUCUUCAGAAUUGUCAAUCAGAAUGUUCUCAAAACGGCUAAGGUGGUUGAUCGGUCCGCGAAGUGACUUCCAUCCAAAAUACAUUUAAAGAUUUAUUUUACGAAGACACAGAGACACUUCUAUCAGUCGUCAUCAUUGAUUUAUUAGUCCUGAUAUCCGUAAGAAUGGAUGAUUUGCUAGAGGGAUUGGAAGCACUGAAGAUCAGGAGUGAUUUCUGUGAGGACGAUUCCACAUGGAUGUCGUGUAUAGAUUUGAUUCAGAAAAGUUUUGCACCACAAAGAAUAAUCGGAGCAGAACGUCCAUGCGAGGAGAAAGAUUUCAGAGAGUAUAGGCUGGUUGUAGAGAGAAACUUGCGAAAUGUCAGGUCUAUGCUGCAAUAUAUUUCAAACAGUUGUAAAGAAAAGCACUUGCAGUUGGCCAAUGCUACAGGAAUGGCUAGAACAUUUGGCAUGAAUUUAUUUCUGCUUAUUGGAGAACACAAUGAGAAAAAUAUUUGGAAUACGGCCGAGUGUGUCUCUAUUUCCAAAGAAUUACUUGCUAAUUUCUGUGAUCUAUAUGUUUAUCAAAAUAUCUCCCAAUUCUUGUCAGAGAAUAAUAAUCUGCAUAAUUUGUUGCUAAUGUUGAGACCCAAGUUAUUGAAGAAUACUUGGAAAACUUAUCCAUCGGCCAUAGCAUGUUACAAAUGGAUUUUACAAGAGGCACAAAAACCAAUUUUAUUUAAUUACAUGGAAGAAGUUAUGGCUACUACGCUAUUUAUGCUUGAUGAUUACUUUCCUGAUAAUAUAUUAAUAGGUUUAGAAUGUAUUUAUCAAAUUAUACAGCAUUCUUAUAUGAAAAAAGAAAUGGUCGAUAUUGGCUAUGAUAGAGUAAUUUAUAAAGUUUUAAUACCUUUAACUCAUCAAAAGGAAGUCAGAUAUAUUAUUCCUUUAUAUACUUGCCUCGCCAGUCUUCUAGCUACUACAGAACAUUGGGAUAAAUCAAAUGUGUUUGAGUGGACAACUCGCGACACAGUGUUAAGCAAUUUAUUAAGCGACAUGGAAUUAGAGCAGAAUAUCGAACUGCGGCAUGCAUACAUGUUGAGUUUACCUCAACUUAUUACAAAUGUGGGCUGUGCCAAAUGGUGCGAAAGACUUAUUCGAAUACUUGCCGAAUAUUGCGAACAUCAUACAGAUUUAAGAACGUUGAAAGCGACAUUGGAGACGGCAAAGAAGACCCUCCUAUAUUUUCCAUACAGAGCAGCUGCACACUGUGAUCCACUUUAUGUCGCAUUCUUGAAAUUACAUUCUGAUCUGACGGAAACACCAGUAUUUGAUCCAGCGAUCAUGCAGAAUCUAGAGGACUGCAUUUGUAUGUUGUAUCACGUAUCGCCAAAUGUAGGCUAUAUAGUAUUUAAUGAUGAUCGGAUGCGUUUGGUACUCAGUAGUAACUUGCCAAGCAUAUGCCAGAGUGAUAUCAAGUAUUUUGAAUAAUUUACAAAAUGUAUAACAGAUAUAUAUCUAUUUACGAUUACAGGACUAUGACUAUACAAGAUGUCCUAAAAUUAUCAAAUGAUCUUUCAUUGUCAAAUUCUGUAGAACAUUCUAAGACAAAAAUUCUUAUACAAAAAUAUUGAGCCUAUAAUUUUUAAAGGAAAAUCAUUUAAAAUUAAUCAAUCUGUUUGCAGCCAUAGCAGUGAAGAUAUUUUUAUACUCAUCUGUAUUUAUUUGCAUACUUGUGAUACAUUUGAUAGUUUUAAUUGUUCGAUUUGAUUCCACAAUAUCAUUAUCUUAUCUUAUUAAUCUUUAUAUAUAGUAAAUUAAGUAAUCACGAGUAUCAAACAAAAAUUAGAAAUAAUUUUCUUAUCAUUACAUAUAGAAUUAUGUCAAUAUCUAAAAACUAAAUCAAUGUGUAAAAUCAUUUUCACAACUGUAUGAGUUAUCAUAUUUAAGCGCGUAAAUUUUCUAUAAGCUAGUUGAUCAACUUUAAAUGCUUCCUUUAAAAAUUAUUAUUUGUGUAUAAAAGUUUUUGUUUUAGAAUCUUUUAUAGAAUCUGGCAGUAAAAGAAUAUCUGGAAAUUUUAGAACUUGUAUAUAGAAUAUUUCUUAUCCUAUAAGCAAACUAUUUGCGAUGUGCUAACUGGAUUAGUAACAAAUUUAUUAAGAUGUUGCAACAAAUCUGUUAGCAGAUUUUGUUAUAUUUCUACUGGC